UUCACCGAGACCCCCCACGACAUGACAGCCCAGGCGGGCGAGGACGUGGAGAUGGCGUGCUCCUUCCGAGGCAGCGGCUCCCCCUCCUACUCCCUUGAGAUACAGUGGUGGUAUGUCCGCAACCACAAGGACUGGACGGACAAACAGACAUGGGCUUCCAACCAGCUGAAAGCAUCGCCACAGGAGGAGCCUGGGAAGGACGCGACAAAAAUAAGCGUGGUGAAGGUGGUUGGCAGCAACAUCUCCCACAAGCUGCGGCUGUCGCGGGUGAAGCCAGCGGACGAGGGGACGUACGAGUGCCGGGUGAUCGACUCCAGUGACGGCAAGGCGCGGCACCACAAGGUGAAGGCAUACCUGCGGGUGGAGGCGGCGGGGGGCGCGGGGCACCCCCAGGACACCCAGCUGCGGGGCGCCCCGCUGCCGGACCCUGCUGCGCCAGGCUCAGCCCACGCGCACCACCACCACCACCACCACAAAGCCGGGAAGGAGCUGAAGAAGCGCUCGGUGGACGCCUCCUGUGUGCUGUAG